CUGUGGUUCCGGUUCUGUCGCGGAGACACGUGAAGGUCGGUGAGUUGGUGCGGAGCUCGUCUCGGCACGCGCGGUCGCGCUGGGAUGGAUUCCUCUUCGUCCUCCUCCGUGGCGGGUUUGGGGCAGUUGCAGCAUUUCAUCGAGGUGGAGACUCAGAAGCAGCACUUCCAGCAGCUCGUGCACCAGAUGACCGAACUCUGUUGGGAGAAGUGCAUGGACAAGCCUGGGCCAAAGUUGGACGGCCGGGCUGAGGCCUGUUUUGUGAACUGCGUUGAGCGCUUCAUUGAUACAAGCCAAUUCAUCUUGAAUCGACUGGAACAGACCCAGAAAUCCAAGCCAGUCUUCCCAGGAAGCCUUUCUGACUGAUCUCAGCAUUAUCUUUUUGGAAAAAGAAGGUAGUUCAAGAAAUGAAGAGCUGUUGAUGGGAUGAUUGAAGGAAUGGCUGUGGGGGAAUUGGCUCCCAUCUUUUGUCACUCUUGGGACAUCAUGUCAUCUGAGAAAUAACAAAGACCAAUUUGUGUGU